CUGAUCAGUUAUCAGCCUUCGCCUUUCAGCUCCAGCUGCAGCGACACCACUGCAACACGGCUACAGGUGUCCCGUUUCUCCAGGGCAAUCACUCGUCACUUAACAGUAGCACACUGUAUCAUCUCAACUGACAACCUCCGACUGAUCUUCACUAUUUUCAGACAAAAACAAACAUGAAAUCGAAAAGAAAAGCUUCGAAGCGCAACCGCAAAACGUCAGUGGAGACUGACGGAGAGUUCCAGCUGGAGCUGGAACCCGCGUCCAGUGAACACGAGGGCUCGGAAAAGUGCCUGAACCUCGGGGAGAAACGCAGAAAGAAGAGCGCUGACAACGGCAUGGCCACGAACACCAAGCGAAGGAAGCAGCACCCGAGUGUCAAGGGUGGAAACGUCAGGAGGUUGGAAAGCAACGAGAGGGAACGGCAGAGGAUGCACAAACUCAACAACGCUUUUCAGGCGCUGAGGGAGGCAAUACCACACGUCAAGACAGAGAAAACGCUAUCGAAAAUUGAGACCCUCACCUUAGCCAAGAACUACAUCAAAUCCCUCACUGCCAUUAUUUUGGGGAUGUCAAGCGGUUGCUUGCCGCACGCACAGGACGAGGAGUCUUCAAACACAUCUAAACUGUUUCAGCACUACCAGCAACAACUUGAAGAGGAGGACGAUGGAAGCUUGUCAAAUUACCUUACACAGAUCCACAGCUUCAGAGAAGGUAGUUAAAGACAGAUGUGCUUUUUGUGCCAAACCUUGGGAAUGUAUCUUUCUGCAAUUACUUCUUUAGGAUAUGAAGACUUUCUGCAGCAUAAUCACAGUGGGAGCAAAGCGCUCCUCCGCCCAAGGUCACCGUUAUGUGUGUGUGUACUGUAUAGAGACGUUCUGAUAUAAAACCAUGGAACAAUGGUAUCUUCAGAUAGACCCAGUCAGAAACACAUUGAAUUAUGAAUGUCUUGGUAAAUUUUGGAACUGUAACAGGUUGUUAUCUUAAAGGUGAUACUGGGUAGCCCUCAAUAACUCCCUGUUUUACCUGCUGUACGACGGUUCUGUAGUUGAAACCUGCAGAUAAUUAGAGACACCAGUUGAAUAACACAUAAACGAUUACUUUAUAUAGGUUAAGAUUUCUGAAACUGACCAAAUAGUAGAACAUAAUUAGGUAGUUCUAAUAAUUAGAUGCUGUUUCAAUAUUUUUGUGCUAAACGUGUUAGUUUUGCUGCAUGUUACCUUCCUAAUACUGUGCAGUGGUACUCAGUGACCCAGUGCAUUAUACUGUCAGCCUUGCUGAAGUUUAACAGUGAUGCCAGUAAAUGAUGCUGUAAUCUAAUUUCUGUGAUUCACUGGCCAUGCCACCAUUUAGAAUAAAUGCAACAUCCACCAUCUUAUAUUUUGAAAAUGGACAAUAGCAGCCUACGCUAAAUAAAAUAAAGGUGUUAAGAUUAACACGUGUCUAAAUGUGGACAAUAAACUUUAGUGUAGUAUUGCACCGUGAAGAUCUUAAGUUCAGUGAUGCAAUUAUUUAAACAUUUAUAUUAUGAAAUAUUUUACUGGAUUUGCAAUGUUUGUGCUAUUACCAGAAUUGUGAGGCAUAGAAAAUAGAGAAUAACAAGCAUGCUUAGGGGUAGAGCAGCCUUUUCCCUGCCAGGAUAUACCACAGCUGGGUCAUUUUAGAUUAUUUUACAACACUGGGAGUAGCCAUUGAUAAAAUCCAGCUGUGGAUUAUUUCCAUGGGCAGAUCAGAUUAAUCCUUUAUAGUUUUAAUGCAAAAUGAAUAAUUGAAAAGCCGAACCAAGUUAGCUGCGGUUGUAUUUUAGUUGUACUGCUGCCAGGGUCACAGUGUAACUGAUGGCCAAUAAAGUUCAGAUUAAAAUCCUCUUGUUUUUCGUUGUGUUAUUUUGUGUCUCCAAAAUUCCCAGGAGAGCUGUUUUUUUGACAAACAAUAGCAAAAUACAGGGAGGGACGCUGUCAAACAAAGUUUUGUUAAAGAAACAGAAGAGUGGUUAACUUGUUGACAUGAAAUGCUAGUUCUUAAAAUCACAACUUAGUGUGGAAAAUGAGCAAGUAAAUACAUCAUACCCCAAACUAUUCAAACCAACUUGCCAAAUCCACAAGUCUUUGUUUGCUUCUCAAAGGUUAUAAAACUAGAACCACUCUAUAGCCAGACAGGAACUUCAUGUGUAUUUAUAAGCAGUAAAUUGAAUAGUGUUUAGUGUAGCUGGUU